AUGUUCCGUCGCCAUGGUUACCAGCUGCGACUGGCCGGCGGCGCCGUGCGGGAUAUCCUGUCGGGCAUCGUCCCCCACGACCUGGACUUCGCCACGCCGGCGACGCCCGGCCAGAUGAAGGAGCUGUUCGCCAAGGAGGAGGUGCGGUUGAUCAAUACCAAGGGCGAGCGGCACGGCACCAUCACCGCCCGCAUCGCCGACGCCGUCAACAUGGAGGUCACCACGCUGCGCGUGGACGUGGCCACCGACGGUCGGCACGCCGAGGUGGAGUUCACCACGGACUGGGAGCUGGACGCCGGCCGCCGAGACCUCACAGUCAACGCCAUGUUCCUCGACUUCGACGGCACCGUGUACGACUACUUCGACGGCGUCGACGACCUCGAGCGCCGGAGGGUCAGGUUCGUCGGCGAUCCGGCCCGCCGGAUACAGGAGGACUACCUGCGCAUUCUGCGCUACUUCCGCUUCUACGGCCGUCUGGCGGCGGCGCCGGACGCGCACGAGGCCGCCUCGCUCGACGCCAUUCGCGCCAACACGGCCGGCCUGGCGCGUAUCUCCGGCGAGCGGCUCUGGUCGGAGCUGCGGCGCAUACUCGCCGGACGGUUUCAUCGGGAGCUGAUGCUGACUAUGCUGGAGGCGGGGGUGGGGCCGCACGUGGGCCUGCCUCCCUCGCCCGACACGGACGAGUUCGAGCGCGUCUGUGACCGGACGCAGGCGGUGUCGGAGCCGCAGCCCAUCAUGCUGCUGGCCGCCCUGCUCCGUUCUUCGGAGGAGAUGAUGAGCCUGCACCAGCGUCUGAAGCUGUCGGCGUUCGAGCGCGACCUCGGCCUCUUCAUCAUCGCCCACCGGGAGAUGGCGCCACACCCGCAGCCGAUAAAGCCGCUCCAGCAGCUGCUGGCCGACUUCCGCGCCAGCAAGCGGCUUGGCAAGCAGUUUUUAGUUGAGCUGGCGAGGUAUAGAGGGCAGCAUGAGCUGGCGGCGGAGUUCGAGGCUUGGGAGCUGCCGAAGUUUCCAGUGACGGGAGCGACAUUGAAGGCGGCAGGGGUGCCGGCCGGCCGGAACAUGAGCCGGGUGCUGGACCGGCUGCGGCAGGACUGGAUCGACACCGACUUCGCGCUGGACGAGCCGGCGCUCGCAGCGCGCGUGCCGGCCGUCCUGGAGGAGCUCGGCGUGCGGGCCGACGGCAAGCGGUGA